AUGGGAAAAGCUCUCGGACAAGGUACCUGGGAGCAAAACAGCCCACACCAGACCUUUUCCUUUUUCGUCGAUCGCAAAACUGGAGCAACGAGCCUAUCAGAACGUGGCUGGUAUUCGUCGAUCAUUAAUACUUUGUUCUGUGAUCAUGGAGCUUCCAAGGGACUAAUCUCCGUGGAUACUGUAUCAAAUUCCAAGAGGCCGGGUUUCAAUGGCAAUCUUUCGCAGAACCGGCGCUGGGUGGCUUGUGGCUUCAAAUGGUCUGUUGGGUACGCUCCACAGUCAAAACAGGAACAAUCAGCCGCUGUUGCAGAAAAUCUGGGAUGGGCGAGCGCCGGUCAAAUCGUCUUCAUGUGCACAAUGGCAUCGUCGGGUUUUCACUCUAGGUACUGUGGGAUAGAGAUCAGCGCAGGCCUCGAAAAGACAAAAAAAAACCAAAUGCCCGCGAAGAUCGCAAAAGAUAAAAGACAGCACUUUGAGCUAAAUGGGUCUAAUGCACGCCAUCGGCCCCAUGGUAAACCAUGGUCGCGCGGAGAUUUCUUCCCUACUUCGUACUAG